GGCAAAACAUAUUCCAAUAUAACAAGUUUCUCCAUUCCCUGCAAGGCGUGCACGGCGUGUCCAGCUGGCUACAGUAUCAAAAGAAAAUGUACCAACAUCACUGAUACCGUGUGCCAGCUGACACCGUCUUAUGUUAACAGCACCCACGCCACCCAAACAAAAACGAGAAAUUCCAAAGGUCCAGUUUCAACAACGGAUGCGUCGAUCGCGACCGAAGCCAGCAAGAAGGAUUUCGUAAUCCCAUUAGUAGUGGGGGUAUCCUGUUUCAUAUUAGGCUUGUUGAUCUUUCUGAUCGUGAAGGUUUACAAACGAUUAAGGGCUCGCGAACGACAGCCUGAAGUUGCUCACCGUUACUCAGACGGCGAAGAAGCCAUUCCUAUCAAAUCCAAAGUCGCUCCACUGACUAAGUCACGUCAUGGUGCGUUACGUGGACGUCACACACGUCACCUGAGGAGAAAUGACAGCAGCCGUGACUCGGACUCUCAAGGAAGCAGCACGGGAUCUCUACAGGAGGAGAAACCACGUGACCCUGAGCGUCUUUUUCGCGACCUGCCUAACGAGCCCUUGGUCAUAGAGGACCUUGCACUGUCGUUAAAUCCUAAAAGCAGAAACAACUGGGUUCGAUUGGCAGGAGAACUCGGGUAUUCCAAAAUACAAAUAGAUAACUUCGGUAUUGAUCCUACCCAAGCUACCCAAAACCUUUUAGCUGACUGGAGGACCAUGAGAAAUAGUACGAUUGGCGUGUUGUACGCGUGUCUACAAAAGAUAGGAAGACAAGAUGCCUGUGAAGUCUUGGACCGCAUUUCAGGAAUGUAGAAUCUAAAACGGAACGAAAAAAUGUUUAGGAAGGAGAAAGACUUUCGUUUAAAAAAGCACAAAAUUUUACUACUUCAAAAGACGAGAAUAUAUGAUACAUCAUUCGCAAUAUAAUAGAGGAAAGAAUAUGAGGAUUGAAUGAUAAAUUAUGUACAAAGAAAGGGUUGGAGAAAAAGGAAAGAUAAGAGAAUAAGAUAAAAUUAUCUAUUUUAAAGACCUUUGGUGAAGAAACUUAGAAAAACUUUGGAAAAACAUUUCAGGAAAAAAAGUUCAUGUUAACGACGGUAAAAAAAAUUGUAAAUAACAAGUAAAAGUAAUGAUAAAAGGGUAAAUUUUACACCGUGAAAAGAUGAAAGAGCUUGCUGACGUUUUACCCUUUUAUCAUAACUGUUUCAUUAGAAACACCGACGCAGUUCACACUAGUUUUUAGCUAGUUAUCACUUCGAGUAAAACGUUAAGUAUUGGCAGUGAAGAGAAACAAAGUAAAAAAUUAUAGUUUUAGAGUUAGA